AUGGAAAACCUAUCAGAAAAGGAUAGAGAAAAAGACGAAAAUCAAAAGUCAGAAGUGAUUCUACAAAAGCUAAACGAAAUAAAGAAAGAUCAAAUAUUUCAUAUUCCAGGCCUUUUUUUGCUUGAAUAUCCUGAAGAAAAGGAAGUAGGCCAUGAAAAGCUUAAAACAUGUGAGGAACUAAAGGAACCUAUUGAUAGGGAUUCAAAUAUUUUUACAGAAAAAAAAAAUUCAGUAAUAAAUGACUCCACAAAAAUAGAAAUUAAAGAAAAUCAAAAAACAAUUGAUUUUGAUAGCGUUUACAAGGCAUCUGAAAAUGAGGAAGUGGUUAUUGAAUAUGAUUCAGAAAGUCUUAUAUCAUCGGAUACAGAAAGUUCAGACUUAAGUUUAAAAAGCGAAAAAAAAAAAAUUAACUAUUUUGCAUCAUCAAUGGAUUCAGUUCAUGAAAGUUCAGAAGAAAGCGAAUGCGAUAGUAUAAAAAAUAUACAUGAUAAAAACAAAGCACUUUCAAAUGAUGAAAAGAGCAAUAAUGUAUUUGAAUUUCCAAAAACAAAAAAUGAAAUUCUUUAUAAAAACAUAGAAAUAAAGAAACUGGAUGUUAUAAUAACUGAUAAUAUUCCAAUUGAAUAUCUUGGGGAGAUAUCUCAAAUCGUAGACAAUAUCGUUGUUAUUAAAUCGUUCGUAUUUGAUGAAUAUAAGGUCUUAGACGAAGAAACAUUGCUAGUCUUGGAAGAUCGUUCUAUUUUAGGACUUAUUUUUGAAGUAUUUGGACGAGUUUCACAACCUUUGUAUUCUGUUAGACUUGACGCUCGAGAAAAGAUUGACAAAGAAAAAAUUAGCAUAGGUAAAAAAGUUUAUCUUGUAGUAGAAUACAGCAAAUAUAUUUUUACAAAAGAAUUAAAAGCAAACAAAGGAAGCGAUGCCAGCAAUAUUCAUGAUGAAGAAAUUGAUGAAAACGAACAAGAAUUUUCGGAUGACGAGGAAGAAAUGAAGUAUAAAUCCUUGAUUAAAAGCACAAAAUCUCAAUCUGAAAAUAAAAUCACAACUCAAAACCUUACAAGGCACAGAAAUUCAGAAAAGGAUACAAAUACAUCAUAUAAUACACAAAAAUCUCGCAUAUAUCUUUCACAACCGAGCACUAUUCACCCAUCUUAUUCAUAUAUUAACAAUCUAUCAAUAAAUACACAAUCCCAACCAUUAUCUAACCAUCAACAUAUCGACAAUCUUAAUCAAUUACUUUUUUUCAAAAAUCAUCUACAAAAUAAUGCCAUAUCAUCUCAGCAAUCACGGCCCACAUCAAUACCUUAUUCUUUUUCAUCUAUUCAUCAACAAAAUAACCAUGGAACUCCAUUCAACACUUAUUCUCAAAUACAGCAUUCUACAUUAAAUCAACUUACUCCUUUACAUUCUACCUCUACAAAAAAAAACAUAUCUCUACCUUCUAACAUUCAUCAACAAGCUUUUUCAUACAAAACAUCUUACGAAUAA